UUUUGUUUAAAUUAAACACGAUGGAAACAGUAAGCGACGUGAAAGAUAUCGCAAAACUUAUUCCUCUUCCCAUCACGAUUCCAUCGAAGCAAGAGGUUGUGCACAUGAGUCACACCCCUUCGUCAACACAUUCACAAUCUAAACUGCCCCUUUGUCCUGCAUAUCGCUUCUGCAGGGAGUUAAGAGAGCCUUAUCGUUCGCCUAUGCUUGAUAGAGAUCACCAACAAAUCACGAUACUCCAUGAUUUAUUGCAAGCGAUUAAAGAAGCUGCGUUAAAAUUGAUACAAUUAAUUACGAUAGAGGAGCAAUGGAGGGAAGGCGUAGAUCCUCGAAUACGAUAUUCAGGACAAUAUGAGAGGAGUACUCAACCGCAUAAUCCUGAAUCUGGAUUAAUCGCGAGCACAUCCUCCUCAGUUUGUGUACUCUGUGGCGUCGCACUUCAUCUGAAGAAUUCUUCAGAGAAUCCAAGGCAAUUCGAUAGAGGAAGCAGUGAUAAUUAUAGUCACGGUAUCUCAUCGAAACAGCUUGAGAAUAUAUUGAAAAAGAUCUAUAUAAUUCCUUUACCUGCCGAAAAGGAUAAAAAUAGCGAUGAUUCCUCUAAUCCUGGAAGUAUACUUGAUUAUAUUCUUUCCAAAGAAAAUAAUAUUAAUCGCACGAAAGGACGAGAAAAAGUCUUUUCAAAAAUCCAGUCCACUGAUAUGAGUGAGAGCGGAUUACAACCAAAGCUAUUGUUUAUACAACAAAAAUCUUCCGGUAGGAUCGCGCCUCAAACACGUCAAGACGAGUCUCAACGAAGGUGUGGUAGUACAAGUCAAGUGUCGAGAUACGUUACUAGCAAACAUGAUUAUAAGACCAAUGGAUCAUCACAUCGAUGCGUCGUCAAUAUACCAUCUACAAUUUCCUCCACCCAAGAAGCAGCGACGCUUACUCAGGAAAUGCUUUGUCCGUGCGCGUGUGGAUUAAUUGUGAAAGAAGGAACUGAAAGCAAAGUGUCUAUCAAUCCGAUGCCUGUAGCAAAAGAUGAACUUAUCAAAACUAAACUUGAAGAGUUAGGUCUGCAUUUACAUUCAAGAAAAAUAAAAGUACAUGGUGACACAGUAAAGGUCAAGAAAACGAAGAUGCAGAAGUUGGAAAAAGAUGCGAAUGUUAAACGUUGGAUAGAGGAAGUUGUGCAAUUGCGGUUACAAAUGCAAAUUGAGGAGCUGCAUAAAAGUAUUAAAUUUUUCAAACAAGAAAACGAGUAUAUUCGACGCCUUGCAAAAAAAUGUCGCUGUUUAUCAGAAGACAUACAGAAUUUACAGCAAAUGCUACCGAUUAGAGAAAUACAUUCUGUUCCAGAAUUUACGACAACGGUUAAGCACUUACAAGCAAAAUAUCACAAUCACGGAAUAAUAGCCACAUUAACCGGAAUGUUUCAAGGUUCAAUAAACAUUCAGCAGAUCACUGCGAAACUAUUAACAUCGUUUAAAGAACAUUGGAACCCGAGAGAAAACAUAGCAACGACACAUGUAUCAUCUGCUUCAGAAGCGCAGGCUCCUUUGAAGCCGAGUUCCAUGGUAUUCAACGUUUAUUAAAAUAUUUUUAGAUAAAUCACAAAUAAUACGCGUCA